AUGGCACGCAUAACACGAUUCCUGGUUUGCCUUCUUCUGGCCGUUGUCGGUCUCCUCAAUGCGUCACCAAAACAACAUGUGUUUGGCUUCGGAAAAAGAGGUGGUGAAGCACUGGGCGAUCCAGAAGUCGACUGGAACGCGAUGUCGAAACGACUGAGCAAUGGAAAAUUCAUGAUGGGAUUUGGCAAACGAGGGCUGAAUAAACAAUUUACAAUGGGUUUCGGAAAGCGAGUCCCUGCUGAUGAAGAACUGCUAAGCGAGGACUAUAUCGACCAAAGUGGUAGGACCUCGUUGUUAACGAAGGGACUAGGAAAGCGGCUUUACGGACUCAAUGACCUUCCCGGCCUCAGAACAAUCCAGUACAUGGGUCUCGGAAAGCGAAGUGUUCUUUCUCGGGAAGUAGCAGCAAAUCUGCGAAGAUUCAAUCUUGGCCUUGGACGGCUACAAAUUGAUGGAUCCAACGUGGUUUUUAUAUCGGAAUUGCGGAAUCGCACUGUAGUGAAAGAACCACCAACCACCCGAAACAUGGGAUACCUGCCCUGGCUAUUUCUGUUCUACAUAUUCUUUUUUACCGAUGCGGGUGUCAUAAGAACAAAACGAGGUGGUUAUGAACGACCAUACAUCCCACCACCACAACCUUACGUUCCUCCAGCGCCACCACCGCAACCUUACGUUCCUCCAGCACCAAAACCCUACGUUCCACCACCACAACCUUACGUUCCUCCAGCGCCACCACCACAACCUUACGUUCCUCCAGCACCAAAACCCUACAUUCCACCACCAAUGCCCAGCUAUGGUAGACCUAGCUAUGGUGGCGGUGGUAUGCCCAGCUAUGGUGGUGGUGGAGGUGGCUACGGAUACGGCAGAUCUGGUGGUAUGGGUGGAUUAGGAGCACAAGUUGCAAGAUCGGGGCCUGAAGCAGUAAAAUCAGGAUCUGGAGAUCCUGGAAUGGGACUAGCUGCAGAUCUACCGCAACAGUCGGCUCCUGGCGAAGCAGCGCAACCAUCUUUGUUAUCCGCUGAAAAAGUUCCCGAUACAAGUAUCAGUGCUUCUGAACAGGGCGAACGGAAUCGAAGUUUAUUGAAAGAACAACCAACCGACCGAAACAUGGGAUACCUGCUCUGGCUAGUUCUGUCCUUCAUAUUCUAUUUUUGCGAUGCGAGCGACGUUAGACAUGGUAGAUCUGGGUAUGGUGGCAGUGGUAGACCUGGCUACGGUGGCUAUGGUGGAGGUAGCUACGGAUACGCUGGAUCCGGUAGUUUCAGUGGAUUAGAUGCGCAAGUUGUAAGAUCGGGACCCAAAGGAGGACAACCAUCUUUGUUAUCCGCUGAAAAAGCUCCCGAUUCAAGUAUCAGUGCUUCUCAACAGGGCGAAGUAAGAUCAUUCCAGCGAUUUCACAGAAGAUUUUAG